CGCACACACCUGCCUGCAAGGAUUUACUUUGCAGUGAGACUGAAUCUUAGACCUCAUCUACUCUGCCUCUCUUCUCCGGCCCCAACAAGCCACGUGCGUAUUAUUUAUGCGUAGACAUUUUGGCGCCGCUUGCUCAGCUCCGAUACUCCGCGAAAAAACAGAGAGCGCACGCAAAAGCAAAGCAAACCCAAUUGCAAAGUCACAGACUCAGAGAGUGUGCGAGGGAGAUAGUGUACUAUGCAAGGAAGCCAAACGUAAACAUUUUUCGAAGCGCGCGCUCUCAGAAAUGUGUGAAGAGUCGUGGCGAACGGACGUGCGCUGCGACCGUGGACCGCAUCGAGUAAACUAUAUUAUUAUCCACCUGCUACAUACACUCUCACACACAGACGCACACGUUGAACGUUAAGCAAGCGCGCGCAAAACUGGAAUGAAAAGCAAUCAAAACGAAAUGAAAAACGCGCAACAAAAGUUCCACGAGAAAUUGCGUUAAGAAAUGCAAACAAAAAAAAUAUUUUAAUUAAGGCAAUAACAACAAAUUAAAGUUAAGUGAAAAAUCAAUGCGCUACCAAAAGUUGAAUAACGAAAACUGACGACGCACAGAUACACACACGCACACACAGUAACAGUAAACGAAACUGGCUGCAGCCACGCACAGGUGUGCUUACACACGCUCAAACACACAGACACAGCAGUGCACACAUACACGCACAGGCAGACGAGGCGAAAGCCUAACAAAGUGAAAGUAACGAAAUUAGCAACACAAUGGGAAAACAAACAGUGAAAACAAGCGCAUAAAAAAUGCACACGAGCGGGUUAAGUGUAUAGAAAGGAAAAGAAAGCGUAAAGCCAAUGACAGAAACGGUGAAAGUGUAAUCAAUUUAAGCUCGCAUACUUUCGGGCUCAACUCUAGCCACCAGCCUUAGGCAGCAACAAACAAUUUGCGCCCACUGUAAUAGUGACCGUUGCAGUUCCCGUUACUGAGCGUCUAAAUGAGAUAAAGAAAAACAAAAACUGCCUUUUAAAAGCAAAGAUAUGCAAAAGUACAACAACAUAGCAAAGUAGUUCCCGUUACUUAGAGUCUUAGCCAUUGCAUGCAUAUCUAAAAAAGAGCUGCCUUUAAAAGGCUACAACGGCACUCUGCAGAAGCAGUGCAACAACAGGAACAACAACAGGCGGUAACAGCAGCCGCAUAGCAGAGAAACGUGUGCAAGAUAAACACGCAAAACAAAGCGAACUGGGUCAGUGUGCGAAAGACGCGCGGGGGUAGCGACGGGCGCCAGAUUAAAUGGCGGCGCUUGCAUGCGCAUGCAAAAUUGUGCUGCAUACUUAAUGAGCAAAGACGCAGCAGCAGAAACCGAAGCGGAACAAGGGCUUACGGCUCCACCACAGGCCAUUCACCAAACGUUAAAUACAACAAUGGGCUGCAAACAUGGAAAUUUUGGCCAUGUCAAAGGCAGCAGCAGCAGCAGCAGCAGCAGCAACAGCUGCUGGCAAAAUAAGCGCCAGCAACGGACAGCAGAAACUUAAGUAACAGAAUGUGGCAAGCACUUGGCGCAGCAACAACAAAUCGAAUUACACGCACAGUGAACUAGCUGCCUGGCGGAUGAUGAGGACGAGCUUCCGAAUGUGAGCAACGUUUUGCUGACCCAUUGAAUAUGAGAGUGCAGAAAAAUUCAGCUUGAGGAGCAACAAGGGCGAGUGCAACUGCUGCAGCUGUUGAGAAUUUAAUUAAGCGCACAAAGAGUCGACAAAGAAGCGGCAGAGUCAUAGCACAGUCGGGGCGUGGAAGCGGUCAUAAAUCAGCCGCAACAGCAGCCCGUUGCACGUCGCCUGCAAUUGGAGUUCAGUUCUUAAACCGAAAACCCCAGACAAGGCAACGACCCCAAGCAGCAGGCAGCAAGCGGCAGGCGGCAGGGCCUCUCCAACGGGGGAGGGCGCCCUCCUCUCGCGUACGUGUGGCCAGCACUGGCCAAUUAGUCGCCGCCUCCAACAGCCAGCGGCAAUAAUUUUGGCUUCAUUGAACGUCAGCCUGAUGCCACACUGAUGACUGCCGCCAAGAGACGUGCAACAACCGGCAGCAGCAGCAGCAGCAGCAGCAACAGUGAGCAGCAGCCAUUGCAGCAGCAGCAUCAUCAACUGCAUCAUCACCAGCACCAACAACAGCAACAGCAGCAGCAGCAUCGGCAUCAGGAUGCGGAUCAGCAGGCGCACGAGUACCAGCAGCUGCUGCAACAUCAACAUCAUCCCCAUGGCCAGCUCCACCACCCACAGCAAUACCACCAGAGACAGCAGCAGCACUCGCCCCAACAGCAUCAGCAUCAGCACCAACACCAGCAUCAGGCAUCCGCAGCAGCAUCAGCCACGGCGACACUGCGCGAUUGUUCUGUCAAAUUGCCGCUGGACAUCCUCUGGCUGCCCAAGUCAGCUAUGCGCCCGGUUGGCGCCGAUGCCUCGCACACGGAUUGCAUCCUGGUUGUUGGCGUCUCCCGUCCAAAGCUGGCCGUUGUCUUUCUAACGGUCAUGCUGAUCUCGCUGUUCCUCACCUUUCACGUGCUCUACGACAGCGCCGUGUACAAUAUACAGGCGGCGCAGGCGGUGCACGAACGACAUCGCCUCUCGCUGGCCGCAUCCGCCUCGGCAGUUGCCGCAGCUCCCGCCGCAACUCGGACAGCGUCGAAUGGCAAUCAUUUGCCCGUGUUUGUGAAACCCGUGGCCAGCUCAAAUCAACUGAGUCAUCCCAUGGUCUUUCCCUCCAGCCGUGUGCACUUCCCCAAGACCAGUCGUCGCCUGCCCCAGGCACUGAUAAUUGGCGUACGCAAGUGCGGCACGAGGGCCCUGCUCGAGAUGCUCUAUCUGCAUCCCCGCAUCCAGAAGGCGGGCGGCGAGGUGCACUUCUUUGACCGGGAUGAGAAUUAUCUGAGGGGCCUGGACUGGUAUCGCAAGAAGAUGCCCCAUUCGUUUCGAGGCCAAAUUACCAUCGAGAAGAGUCCCAGCUACUUUGUCUCGCCCGAGGUGCCGGAACGUGUGCGUGCCAUGAAUGCGAGCAUCAAAUUGCUGCUGAUUGUGCGUGAGCCCGUGACCAGAGCCAUUUCGGACUACACACAGCUGCGCAGCCAUGCGGCGACGGCGAUAUUGCCGCUGGCAGAGAGCAGUGCGCCCGGUUCCGGCUAUGGCGCCAAGAUGUCAACGUCUGCGCUCUAUGCCAAGCUGCAGCCGGCCCACGGCUAUGACAAUGCGCUGGGCAGCGGUGCGGGCGCCAAGGAGACAGCUUUAAGUGGCAGGACGGGCGCAGGUGCAGCCGUGAGGCGUGGGGGAGCAACAACAACAACAACUAGCGUGCCCCCAACCACGCCCAGCGCCGCCCAAUUGGCAGCCAAAUCCUUUGAGGAGCUCGCCAUAUUUCCCAAUGGCACCGUUAACGAGGCCUAUCGCCCAUUGAGCAUAUCCAUGUACCAUGUACAUUUGCAUCGCUGGCUGGAGGUGUUUCCACGCGAGCAACUGCUGGUGGUCAAUGGCGAUCGCCUGAUCGAGGAUCCGCUCUCCCAGCUCAAGCGCAUCGAGGCGUUUUUAGGCAUUGAGCAUCGCGUGCGCAGCGAGCACUUUUAUUUCAAUGAGACGAAGGGCUUCUACUGCCUGCGCUAUGACAACGGCGAUCGCUGCCUGCGCGAGACCAAGGGCCGCAAGCAUCCGCAUGUGGAUCCUGUUGUCGUCUCGCGUUUGCGCAAAUUCUUUGCCGAGUAUAAUCAGCGCUUCUACGAGCUUGUUGGCGAGGAUCUUGGCUGGCCCGAGGAGUAGUAGUUGCAAUGGAGAAACAUGGACUGAAAGGCUAACGACCUCCAACUACGACACCAUACAACAACCCCUUCCCAACCUUAUGCUGGGCUGCACUUUGGCGCAUUUAAUUACAGCGCAACAAAAACAAUCGAUGCGAAAAACUGCGUGCAGGCUGCGAGGCUGGCUGACAGGAUGCAGGCCGGAGGGACGCAGUAAGCUGGAAUUACAGUGCACAGCAGGGCGCCAUAUUUCUCUCUGGCUGUCUGCCAGCCGGCUGACAGUUCAAUUAUGCGAACUUUGGCGCCCACGAAUAUCCUUUAUACGCCCAAACCUACAAAACGCAGAUUUCCACUGCAGCGAGCGAAAACGCAAAAGAAGCGUGAAGAGAAAACAAACAAGAAAAUGUGAAAAUAAAUACCAAAUGAAAACAGAAAGAAAAAAAAACGAGAAAAAUUGAAGGAUAAACAGCGCGUGUUUUUUGCAGUGCAGCCGGCCAUGAAAAUGUACGGAAAAAUAUCGAGUAUCCGCAAAAGAAAAUAUAAAUUAAAAGCAAUAUCUACAUGAUGUACGAAGUUUGCACUGUCUGUGUGCGAGAGAGAGAAACAGAGAGAAAGAGAAUGAAAGAGAGCGCGAAUGGGUGUGUGAGUGAGCGAGAGAAUGCAUAAAAUUUAAUUAAGCAACUAAAUGUGAUUUUAUAGCAAAUAAGCGAUAAACAAAUGGAAAUUAAUUGCAAUUGCAAUUUUCGGGGCAAUUAAUUGUAUUUAGACAAGGACAAAAACCGUCGGCUGAAUUAAAAGUGUGCAUAAAAAAAAAAAAAA